AUGACUCAAGUAGCUACAUUUCCACUGCCCGGCAUAAAACACGGCAAUCGCAUUCUGGUGUCGACAAUUGAACAACGAGCGAAGAACGAUCCAGACAGCUCCUGGGUGUCGGCGCCUAUAGACAACAACGAUCUCUCUCAAGGAUACAAAGAGAUCACCUUCGCAGAGUUCAACAACGCAGUCGACCAUGCUGUUCACUGGUUGCGGCAAAAUCUCCCUGCGUCCGACGAGCCAUUUCAAUCGUUCGCCUAUGCAGGCCCUAAGGACCUUCGCUAUCCCAUUCUUGCUGCCGCGGCUGGCAAGUUGCAGAAAGUGAUGGUGCUCCCAUCGCCGCUGAUUCCGCCCGUAGCGCAGCGUUUGAUUCUGAGCAAGACACAAUGUCAGGUUUAUAUCAGACCGUCCAGCAUGGCGCAGGUAGUUGGUACCAUUUUGGAGGAUGCAUCCCAUAUCCAACAGAUUACAGCUCCUGAACUUGACAGCCUACUACAAGAGACAGCUGCUGAGCCUUAUGUAUACCCCAAAUCCUGGGAAGAAGGGAAGAAUGAUCCCUGGCUGGUGGCUCAUACUUCUGGCACGACAGGAUAUCCCAAACCCAUCAUCUACACCCACCAGAUGAUGGCUGCGUUUGACUUGGCCGCGUCUUUGCCGGACAUUGAUGAAUUCAUGCUGCACCACACUCCUGGGAGACGCUGGUACACACCUCUGCCGUCUUUGCACUUGGUAGGAAUGAUGAUGGUUCUCUCCGUGACCACAUACACGCACGGAACGCUCGUUAUCGGCCCACCUACGCCUCCCUCCGCUGAUACUGUCGUCGAUAUCUUCAAAUACGGACGUGUCGACAGCGCACUACUGACCCCAGCUCUCAUCGACGAAAUGUGCCUAAACGACCGAGCCCUCUCUGCACUGAGGAACCUCAGGCUCGUCAGCUAUGGCGGAGCUCCUCUCUCGCGAAAGUCCGGCGACCUUCUUGCUCCCCACGUCCAGCUCGCUCCCGCAAUCGGAAGCACCGAAGUGGGCGGCUACUUCACCAAGUUCCGUCAUGACGAGAAGGACUGGGACUACGUCGAAUUCCAGAAACACGCCGGGGCGGUCUUCGAGCCCCGUUCCGGAGACCUCCACGAGCUUGUUUUUGUGCGUGUGCCCGAAUGUAAAAUGCAGCAGAUCUUCCUACUUUAUCCGGACCUCGACCGAUUUGAGACGAAGGAUCUGUGGGUUGAGCAUCCCACGCGUAAAGGGCUGUGGAAGAUUGUCGGGCGCAUGGACGACUAUCUCCCUCUGAGUCAUGGGGAUGGGCUUUAUGCUGCAUCGCUGGAGCCGGAGAUAGAACAGCAUCCGAAGGUAAAAUCGGCGCUGAUUGGGGGUCACGGACGGCCGCUGCCGGUGCUUCUGGUGGAGCUGCAUGAUGAGACCGAGGUGGCAUCUGACGGUGGUCGUAAGGCAAUGAUCCGAAGCCUUCAGCCGUAUAUUGACAAAGUCAACGAGCACUGCCAUGACUGUGUGAAGCUGAGUCCGGAGCGUCUGAUCUUCGCCAGUGGAAGCAGGCCCUUCAUUCGGACGGUCAAGGGUAGUGUGGCACGGAUGUCGAGUCUGGAGCUUUACAAAGAGGAAAUAUCUGCAUUGUUUGAGAAUAACUAG